CCUGUCGGGUCGGAAGUACUUGGACUCAGGAUAACCGAUGAGUGAGGAACAUUUUGGCUGUUCGAGGGCUUCGUGUGGUGAUGGCUGAGCUCCUGCCUCCAGACUGCAGAAGGUGUACCUGCUUCUUCCUCUAUGAUGGGUCCAAGGUGAAAGGCGAAGGUGACCCCACGAGAGAGGGAAUCUGCUACUUCUACCCCGAGGAGACCUCUUUAGACCAUCAGGAGCUGCUCUGCGGUCAGCUGGCCGGCGUCGGACGCUGCGUCUCUGAUCUCUCGGCGUCUCCUGUGCGGGUGCUGAGGCUGCGCCGCAACAAGUUUGCCAUCCGCGUGAAGGGUGACUUCCUGUGGGCCCUGGGCUGCUCGGUGGACGUCCCCACCGUCAGUGCGUGUCAGCUCCUGGAUCAGCUCAUAAACCUCUUCUGUUUCUACAACGGCUCCGUCCGGCAGAGCUACCAGCUUCACAGUCGGGAGGCUUUAGCCGCUCGGUGGGCUCAGUACCUGUCACACCUGCAGUCGGCCUCCUCAGAGCUUCAACACGUCUUCAGCUGCUUGAGGACCAUUGACUCCACUAAUGUUGACCCACUUCUGCUGCUCAAAGCCUCCCUCAUCCUGCAGGCCUGCCAGCGCUGCCCCCUGGUGUCAGCAGGCUGCAUUCUGUUCAGGGGAAGGGUGGUCAGCACUCAGAUGCAUCCGGAGCUCACGAUGAAGGUGAUGGUUCACGAGAGUGAAACGUACACAAAGGCCCAGAGGCCCAGUGGACAGGACACGUCCGGCCCAUUUGGGGGCGCUGUCACCUCCACUACUGUGUUCCUCACCGUGAGUGAAGUUCAGGACCUGCAGUCUGCCCCCGUCGACAAAGAUUUCAGCUCCCGUUCCACCCCGCACAGAGACACUCCCCCGUCAAAGACCCGCCUGUCGAGGACCUUAUCUGACGUGCCCUCCUCUGACUCAGAGCCUUCUGGUCCAGGCUCCCCUCGGGCUCCGCAGAAGGUGUCCUUCGGCCCUCACCUGUCAGACAGCUCGGUGUUUAGCCCGGGUCCAACGCAGGGCGCCGUCGAUCCACUGGACCCCCCGACGCUGUCGCCGGAGCCUCCUUUAUCAAACGGAAAACACAAAGCCGAGCAGGAGGAAUCAGUGGAGUAUUUUCACAGCUUUCACAGCAGCGGAGGGGAAGACGAGCAGAUACACGACGAAGGAGACGUGUUUGAAGAAAACUCCCGUCCGAAUGGCGCUGGAGGAGACGCCGCUUAUGAGACUGAGUUUGACUUCAGAGCGGCUGACGAAUCGCACGACAGGAAGGUUUUGGAGGACGCGCAGACACAAGCUCCUCCUCCUCCUCCUCCGUCCGUCUCCGGGGUUUCUGACAGCCCGGAGGAGAGUCCACUGAUCCCCAUGAGCCUGUACCUGCACCGGGUCAAAGGCCUGGUGCUGGCUCUGCUGGUGGAGCCUCACUUCCUGAGUGACACAGCUUCUAUGGAGGAAGUGUAUCACAGCAGCCUGGCGUCACUCAACGGACUGGAGGCCCAUCUGAGGACAGUCUCCCCGGGGGUCCAGGCCGCUCCAGGACCCUACGUCUUCGCCCAUUUCGACUGCGUUCAGAGCACCCUGACAUCCAACCUGUCUGGUGGACCAGGGGGAGCCCCAGAGCGGCCCUUUGUCACAGCCACAUCACUUCUUCACUCGCAUUUCAGCAACACUGAGACUCUGCAGGAGGCUAUUAUCAGGAGUGCUGGUUCUGCUGUGUAUGGGACCCGCAGCCCGGCUCAGGAGACGUACUUCCAGCAGCACGGGGGCUCGCUGAGGAACUCGGGCGUCCCCAACCACCAGGACAGCGCGUUCUCGCUGCCCAGCAAGACCCGCCACAGGCUGCUGAAGCACGGCGUCAACCUGCUGUGACGGCGCCCCUCGGUGUUCAGGAGGACUUGGAGGCGUCCUGCUGUGAGUGAGCCGAACUCGGGAAACGUGAGACUGUGACUCGAAGCUGCUGUGCUUUUCUUAUUGUCGGACUUUGCGGCGAAUGUUUGUUUCCGGAGCUCCGCUUGUGUGUUUGUGUUUGUGUGUUUGCUUUCAGAGCUGAUUAUUCAGAUUAAAAGUGAAACUCUUAGAAGAACCAGAACCAAAUUUAGAAGAGCCAGCGAUGGAGGGUGACUAAAUACAUGUACAACUGUGAGGUACUUGUACUGUCUCCAUUUCAGGAUACUUCAUACUUCCACUCCCCUGCAUUUUGUGGCUAAAAUGGUACUUUUUACUACAUUUGUGUGCUAACUUUAGAGGCUCUGCAGACUCGACUGAUGUUUAAGCAGUCACAUCAUGUUGUGGGGAUUUUAAAAUGAUUUUAUUGGCAAUCAGACAAAAAGAGAACAGACACUGAUAAUCAGAAGAAUGUUGAACAUCAGCUCUGAAAAUGAUUCCUUUGGUUUUAAUGUGCUCACAGAUGUUUUCCAUCACAUGCAGUGAAUGUAAUGAUUCCUCUUGUGUUUAUUAUAUUAACAGAUAAAAUCUUGAAAAAUGCUGA